CACCACCUUUGAAUCAUACAAACUCAUAGCAACUUAUUACAAUCUUUAAAAACAUGUCUCCCUCCUACUCUUCAACUCUCAUCUUUCUCCUUGUUUCCAUCCAAAUCCUUUCCUGUUUUGCCCAAGUUCCGGCCAAGAACACCUUCAAGCUUGUCAAUGAAGGGGAACUUGGCCCUUACGUUGUCGAAUACCGAGCCGAUUAUCGUGUUCUUGAUGUGUUUAAUAAUCCUUUCCAACUUUGCUUUUACAACACCACUCCGAAUGCGUACACCUUAGCACUGCGCAUGGGCACGGUGCGCUCUGAGCUUCGUAUGCGGUGGGUGUGGGAAGCUAACCGAGGGAGGCCGGUUCGUGACGGGGCCACCUUCGAGCUCCGAAAAGACGGUAACCUCGUCCUCGCCGACGUUGACGGUCGGGUGGCGUGGCAAUCCGGCACGGCCAACAAGGGUGUGGUUGGGUUCAAGUUGCUACCAAAUGGUAACAUGGUGCUUCAUGACACCAAGGGUAAUUUUGUCUGGCAAAGUUUUGAUUACCCCACUGAUACUCUCUUGGUGGGCCAGUCUCUCCGUCAAUCUGGCCCAAGGAAACUGGUGAGUAGGGCCUUAGAGGCCAAGAAUGCCAACGGCCCAUAUACGAUGAUUCUUGAGCCCACCAGGUUGGGCUUUUACAACCAAACCAAGAACUCUGGCAGGCCCAUUUUGUAUCAUGACUCUUCAAAGUGGUUCUCUGUUGGCAAGAGUAGUUUAGAGGAGGUGAAGUUCAAUGCUGGGCCUCAAGCAUUGAAAUGGGAGUACAAGGUGGCUAAAUCUCCAAAGUUGGGGGCCCAUAUUAUGGCCCGGCCCAAAUUCAACACCACUUUGACUUAUCUUCGUUUGGAAAUUGAUGGAAAUCUCAAGACCUACACUUUCUAUUCUGAUGCAGAAGACAAUUUCCAUUGGGGUGAAAGCUUUAAGCUACUUUAAGCAAUUUUCAAAAUUUUGUUUUUGUUUUUCUAAAAAAUAUUUUAUUUUAAAUGCGUUGUCCAGGUUGUUCUCGAGUUCAUUUUGUAUUGUUUGUUCAAUAAUGUUUGGAUGAUUGGUCCCUCAUUCAAGGACCAGUCCUUCAAAGAUGUCUUUGUAAACACAUUGAUCCUCAUGUUUAAACAACUCAAGUACUUUUAAUAUGAGUCGACAAUUUUUUUAA